AUGAAUCAAAAGUAUGAAUUAAGGCUCACCGGGGAUUGUUCGGUAUCCUUCACUGCCGAGGAACUGUUAGCAAUCGAGCGAGAAUACAAGGAGUAUUGGGGUUGGCACGAAAUUCGGGACUUUGCAGCUGAGUAUCUCAGCACAGACGCAGAUGGCUGGGUAUCCCCAGAGGAUGACUUUGACGAGGUCCAGCGGCUGAACAGAACGAUGUUUGGGAGGUAUAUGAAAGAAAUGGCGGAGAAUAACGUACCCCUGGGCUCUGCUCGAAGGAACUGGCCCUUUUUGGAGGGUCUCUAG